AAAUUUGGUUGCUUUAAAGUAUCGGAAGAUUUAAUCGCACGACUUGAGCGUAUAACUAACCAGAAGGCGCAUCCGAUGUUACGUCGUGGAUUAUUUUUUGCUCAUCGUGACCUGUCAUUGAUUCUUGAUCGUGUGGAGCAGAAGAAACCGUUCUUCCUGUAUACUGGCCGAGGUCCGAGUAGUGGCAGUUUGCACCUCGGGCAUCUCAUCCCGUUUUUGUUCGCCAAAUGGUUGCAGGAUGUUUUUGAUGUUCCACUCAUUAUCCAGAUGACAGAUGAUGAAAAGUACCUUUGGAAAGAGCACUCGUUGGAGGAAGUCAAGAAGAUGGCCAAUGAAAAUAUGAAAGAUAUCAUUGCUUGUGGUCUUAAUCCAGAAACAACUUUCAUCUUCCUAGACACUGAGUAUAUGUGCCCGGCCUUUUUCACAAAUGUGCUGAAAAUAUCGAAGAAAGUAACGUUCAAUCAGGCGCAUGCAAUUUUUGGAAUAAGCAGAGAAGACUCGAUAGGCAAGGUAUUUUUUCCAGCUAUCGAAGCUGCUCCGUGCUUCAGUAGCAGUUUUCCACAAAUAUUCAACGGGCGAAAAGACAUUCCCUGCAUCAUUCCUUGCGCAAUCGAUCAGGAUCCAUAUUUCCGUAUGUGUCGCGACGUUGCGCCUCGACUGAAAUGUCCAAAGCCAGCCAUGAUAUACAGCUCAUUUUUGCCGGCUCUGCAAGGUGCCAAGUCAAAAAUGGCAGCAUCGGAUUCAGUAUCGUGCAUUUAUCUGAAUGAUUCGCCAAAACAAAUAAAAAAUAAGGCAUGUAGUUUGAUCCUUUUAACAAUGAAUAAGUUGUUUUUUUUUUUUGAAAUUGUGGCAGUUUUUGGGAUUUUUUUGACUGUGCAGCAUUUUGAAACUUUCCUUUAUUUUGUGUUAUUUCAGAUCAAUAAAUAUGCGUUUAGUGGCGGUCGCGAUACCAUUGAGGAACACCGUAAAUAUGGCGGUAAUUGUGACGUGGAUGUUUCUUAUCAGUUUUUGCGCUAUUUUAUGGAGGACGAUGAUGAGCUGGAGAGUAUACGCAGUCGUUAUACAACUGGUGAACUAUUGACGGGUGAACUGAAAGCAAUUGCAAUCCGAGAAGUGCAACGAGUUGUGGCUGAACUGCAACAGCGGCGCAAGAGCAUCACGGAUGAUACAUAUAAACGGUCCGCUACUACAUCUCCUGCAUGA